GGCCACACCGGUCAAGCCGGGCGCCUCCGUGAGCCGCCAUGGACUUGGGCGCCGAGGAGUUCGAGCGGAGCCUCCCGUUGCUGCAGAAGCUACUUCGGGAGGCGGACUUCGUGGGUCUGGACAUAGAGUUCACUGGACUUCGUUCUAACCUGUCCAGCCUCCAGAAGAUCAGUCUUUUUGAUUUGCCAUCUGACUGGUAUCUAAAGACCCGACAGAGUAUUCAGCAAUUUACAGUCUGUCAGAUUGGAUUGUCUGUAUUCUCCAGUAUUGAAGGAGAGUCAAACAUGUAUAUAGCCCAUUCAUGUAACUUCUUUCUCUUCCCUACAACGUUUGGGAUUUUGGACUCAGAAUUCUCUUUCCAGGCAUCUAGUGUUCAGUUUUUGAACCAAUAUGGCUUCAACUAUAACAAGUUUCUCAAAAAGGGAAUUCCGUAUAUGAAUGAAGAACAGGAGAAGAAAAUUAAACAUAGUAUCCUGACAGGGAACUGGAAAGUUCGAAGCUCUCUGGAUAAAGAUCAAAUCAAGGUGGUGAUUGAUAAGGUGACGCAGUGGCUGGACCUGGCCAAGGAAGGUGACCAGAUGACUCUGCCUGGUAUUGCUGGGUUCCAGGCCUUUGAAGUGCAGCUGGUGCUGAGGCAGGCCCUGCCCAACAUCUGGACAGUGCUGAGAGAUGGGGGGGUGAUAGUGAAGAAGGUAAGCCAGCAGCAUCGCUGGUACCUUGAGCAUGCCUCCGGUGAUCGAGACAGCUGUUGGAAGGAGCAGAUUCUUCUCUCUGCAAGGGGUUUUUCUGUCUUUUUCCAGAUGCUGGUACAAGCCCAGAAGCCCUUAGUGGGGCAUAACAUGAUGAUGGAUCUGCUGCAUCUCCACGAGAAGUUCUUCAGACCCCUCCCGGAAAGCUAUGAUCAGUUUAAGCAGAAUAUCCACAACCUAUUUCCUGUUCUUAUUGACACCAAGAAUGUUACAAAAGAUAUCUGGAAGGAACUGCAUUUCCCGCGGGUUUCCAACCUCUCAGAAGUAUAUGAAGUGCUGAGCAGUAACUUAAAUCCCACCAAGGAUUCUGCACCAGUGAUUGUUCAUGGAAACAAAUGUGAAAAAUAUGCCAAGACAAAGUGCCCCCAUGAAGCAGGAUAUGAUGCCUUCCUGUGCGGGUCAGUUCUUUUGAAAGUGGCACACCUGCUCCUACAGAGAGUUCGUGGCCCUGUCCCCACGUCUGAGCCCUCCUUCCCGCAGUACCUCGAUGUGCUGGCUCCUUAUGUGAACCAAGUGAAUCUUAUCCGAGCAGGGGUCCCUAAAAUUAACUUCUCGGGCCCAGAUUAUUCCAGUAUCCGGCCUCCCAUCCUCAUCCUCACUGUCAGGAGGUGGCCUGGGGUCAGUGAGCAGCAAGUCUAUGGCGAGUUUCAGAACCUCUGCAAGUUUGACAUCCGACGGCUCACUCAAAGCCAGUUCCUGCUCCUGUCCAAUAAGUUUAAGGAUGUCCGCAGUGUCCUGAAGGAAUACAGGUGCCACCCGACCCUGCAGGUUUCCCUGUACCGUUACUGGAGACACUCCCCCAAUGUCAGUUGCAUGCUACACUGGACACCUGCUUCCACACCUGAACACUCAGUCCCACAUCUGGACACUUGCUUCUACACCUGGACAUUUGUUCCCUUACUUGGACACUUGCUCCUGCACCUGGAAACACCUUCCCACAACUGGACACUCACUUCUGUACCUAGACACUUGCUUCCACAACUGGACACUUGCUCCCACAUCUGGAUGCUUGUUCUCAUACCUGGAUGCUUGCUCCUGCACUUGGAAACCCACCCUGGAUCUCUGUCCUGCACCUCCCAGCACCCUAGUGAUCUCAGGGUAGACAACCCCUGACAAAGCAACCAGUGACUCCUUAAUCAUGGACAGGGACCAGAGGAGACUCAUGACUGCAGAGCCAUUGAGAGGCAAGGAGAAUGCAUCGAAGGCAAAGUGCUGAAAUGGACCAAGAUUUACUUCUUUGGCCUAUUGUCACAAUGAGAAAAGAAGAGCUGGAUCUGACCCUAUGGUUUUCUCUCUGAAUUAUCUUUAUUGGCAGAGGCAGAGGCUUAUGAAAAUGAGAAAAAGACACUUAGAGGAGGGGCAGGGCUGGAGAGGUAGUGGGAAUGAGUGAGAGUUGACUGCUGACCUAUUGAUGUCUUUUCCAGAAGGACAUCACUUUGGGCUGGGACAAAGGAACAGUGCUGAUUCAAUGUAUUGUACCUUCUCUGCACUUGUAAUGGUGACUUGUAAUGUUUUUGUUUGCUGUGGUUUUCAUAUUUAUCUACAAGGGAGCAUUUAAGUGGCUGGUUUCCAGACAGUUUGGAAGUCAGAGCAUUUAUGCGACUGCUGGCAUGAAUACUGAGUGGACUGCAGUGUGUACACAUUGGCCCCCAUGGAGCCCUUCACAGUGCGUGAUUUGGAUGUCAGUGGGCAUUUUUCAGACACUAAAGCAAGGCUCACUGGAAACAUCUUUUCUGCUGUAAUCUUUUACCAGAAUCACUCAGUGCACUUCAGAUCAGGAAAAUAAAGGUGAAUGAUCUUUGUCUUCUAUAGAUAUUAUAUAAGACAAGCAGUUAUUACAGAGAAUAAAAUGCAAAAUAUCAGUUUUGUAUCACCAAGCAAACACAGGAGACCCAAGGGCUAAUUAUCAUCAUCAGCAGCAAACUGGUUCUAGAACAUAUAAUUUAAUUUAUGGAGUCUAGUAGUUUAUCCAUAGUUUUUGCAGUACUGGGAAUUGAACCCAAGGUUUUAUUUUUGUUUUUUAUUUUUGAGGCUACUGAGUUGCUAAGCUGCCUAGGUUGGAUUUGAACUUGAAGGCCCCUGCCUCAGCCUCCAAGAGUAUGGGGAUUAUUGGCAUGCAUU